UUGAGAACGAUAGAAAAUCGAGGAGCCGAUACACUCCUGCCCGGACAGGCAUACCAACACGGCAAGGCGGUGCGAAUAUUAACACAUCUACGCCACAUCUUCACCACCCGUCUUCGUAUCGGGCUCCUUUUCCUUCAUUUCCCCUCGCCCGUGAUCCUUCUUGGCCCCCUGAUCCCAAUGUCCUGGCUCAAGUUAUGCAUAGUAUCAAUUAUUUGGUUUCGCACUCGAAUUUCGGUGGUCCUGCAACUCCACCAGAAAACCCGGCGAUGCGCUCACUCUAUCCACCGCAGCAUCGACCGUCUUAUCCUUAUUAUCCCUAUCCGCACCCUGAAACAACACUGUCACCUGCACCACCGCCUACGCUUAACUUAUCUUCAAUACCCUACCCUUCAAGGUCAUCUUAUUUUCCACGACACGACUAUUCGCGUUGCGAGCUCCCCAGCCGAGCGGGCAGCAUGCUGCAUUCAUCACAUAAUUCCGCCCGUUCGCGUUCCGUACAGCCCGGUUCUGGUCAUAGAUCUGGAGGCCUGAUGAUACGUCAUCACUGAAGACCCCAAAUCGACAACACGACGGAAGUCAUUGACUACGUUGUUUUUAGACGAUAAUAAUGACACCGAUGAGGAUCAAGUUUCC